CUGAGCUGGAAGACGGCAGCUUCUCUAUGAACUUGGACGUUCAACUCAAACCACUCCGUGAGUGGGACUUGGACUUUAAAGGGCUACUGAACUACAACUCCCAACAGGCUUUGACGUCCAUCUAGCGGGUCUUGUUGCAAUGGUGGAGACGGAGGGACAUUGAAUGACUUUGGCUCCAUCACCAAACGGCUCCUUUAUUUGUUUAAAUAAACAAAAAUAGGAGAGAUGGAGACGCUUAUUCCCGUCAUAAACAAGCUUCAGGACGUGUUCAACACCGUUGGGGCGGAUAUCAUACAGCUGCCGCAGAUUGCAGUCGUGGGAACUCAGAGCAGCGGGAAGAGCUCUGUGCUGGAGAGCCUGGUGGGCAGAGACCUGCUGCCUCGGGGGACCGGCGUCGUCACCAGGCGACCCCUCAUCCUCCAGCUGGUCCACGUGGAUGCUGGAGACGCCAGGAACAACGAGGAUGGAGGCAAAGAGGUGCAGGAGUGGGGCAAGUUUCUGCACACCAAAAGCAAGAUCUUCACAGAUUUUGAUGAAAUCCGGCUGGAGAUCGAACAGGAAACGGAGCGAAUUUCUGGAAAUAAUAAGGGAAUCAGCGAGGAGCCCAUCCAUCUAAAGAUCUUCUCCCCCUUUGUGGUCAACCUCACCCUGGUGGAUCUGCCGGGAAUCACCAAGGUGCCCGUGGGCGAUCAGCCUCAGGACAUCGAGAUUCAGAUCAGAGAUCUGAUCCUGAAGCACAUCUCCAACCCGAACUGCAUCAUUCUGGCCGUCACGGCGGCCAACACUGACAUGGCCACCUCUGAGGCUCUGAAGGUGGCCCGUGAGGUCGACCCCGACGGCAGGAGGACGCUAGCUGUGGUGACCAAGCUGGACCUGAUGGACGCUGGGACGGACGCCAUGGAUGUGCUGAUGGGGAGGGUCAUCCCCGUCAAGCUGGGCCUCAUAGGAGUCGUCAACAGGAGCCAGCUGGACAUAAACAACAAAAAGUGUGUAGCCGAUGCCAUCAGAGACGAACAGGCCUUCCUGCAGAAGAAAUACCCGUCUCUGGCCAACAGGAAUGGAACCAAAUACCUGGCGAAGACCCUGAACAGGUUACUGAUGCAUCACAUCAGGGACUGCCUCCCCGAGCUGAAGACGCGCAUCAACGUCCUGGCCGCUCAGUACCAGUCGCUGCUGAGCAGCUAUGGUGAGCCCGUCGAGGACGCCAGCGCCACCUUGCUCCAGCUCAUCACCAAGUUUGCCACCGAGUACUGCAACACCAUCGAAGGGACGGCCAAGUACAUCGAGACGGCAGAGCUGUGUGGUGGAGCCAGAAUUUGUUACAUUUUCCACGAGACGUUUGGCCGGACGCUGGAGUCUGUGGAUCCUCUUGGAGGACUCACCACCAUCGACAUCCUGACCGCCAUCAGGAACGCAACCGGCCCCCGGCCGUCUCUGUUUGUGCCGGAGAUUUCCUUUGAGCUGCUGGUGAAGAAGCAGGUGAAGCGCCUGGAGGAGCCCAGUCUGCGCUGUGUGGAGCUGGUCCAUGAGGAGAUGCAGAGGAUCAUCCAGCACUGCAGCAACUACAGCACACAGGAGCUGCAGAGAUUCCCGAAGCUCCAUGAGGCCAUCGUUGAAGUGGUUACUUCUCUCCUGAGGAAGAGGCUGCCCAUCACCAACGAGAUGGUCCAUAACCUGGUAGCUAUUGAGCUGGCUUACAUCAACACCAAGCAUCCAGACUUUGCAGACGCAUGCGGCGUCAUGAAUAACAACAUUGAGGAACAAAGGAGAAACAGGAUGAGAGAGCUGCCGGCCGCGGUUCCCAGGGAUAAGUCUGUGGGCAAAGGCCCGGCUGGCCCGGUUGCGGUUUCUGGUGAUCCUAAUGCGUCUGGAGCAGACGUGGACGGUGCCAAGGCUCCUGCGGCGGGGCCCCAGGGCGAGCAGGACGGCACCGGGAACUGGAGAGGGAUGCUGAAGAAAGGAGAGGAAGCUCCUGCCUCCGGACCCGGAACUCCUCUGAAAGGAGCCGUCAACCUUCUGGACGUGCCCGUUCCUGUUGCCAGGAAGCUUUCGUCUCGUGAGCAGCGGGACUGUGAGGUCAUCGAACGCCUCAUCAAGUCCUACUUCCUCAUUGUCCGGAAGAACAUUCAGGACAGCGUGCCGAAGGCCGUGAUGCAUUUCCUGGUCAACCACGUGAAGGACAGCCUGCAGAGCGAGCUCGUCGGCCAGCUGUACAAGUCGGGCCUCCUAACCGACCUGCUGACAGAGUCUGAGGACAUGGCUCAGCGGCGCAAGGAGGCGGCAGACAUGCUGCAGGCGCUACAGAGAGCAAGCCAGGUCAUCGCCGAAAUCAGGGAGACGCAUCUGUGGUGAGAAACAUCCGCCUGAUCCCGCCCCCGAAGGGCGGCGCCCCUCGUACCCAUCAGGCCUCAACUUCAUCAAGGAUCAAGGAUCCCUCAGCUAUAAAACUAGUCAGAUCCCUGCUCCCGUGUGCAGAAGGCGUCAUGGCGGCUUCUUAAAAGGCGUUCUCUGGAGCAUCAGAAUCUGUGAGGUGGAUGUAGGGACGUAAACAUACGGAUCAUUUCCGCUUCUGCUCUGCAAUCUUUUCAAAGUCUCGUGUCAAAAAGCACUGAACCUAUUCGUUUUGGGUUUUGCACUGUUGUCGCCACACUGUACAGCCGUUUCAGAUGUAUUUAUUUCUGUGUUAUUUAAAUGUGUCGCUCUGCAGGAACGUAUGCAGAAGGUCAAAGGUCGGAUGUACAUAUGUGUUCGCCUCAUUAAAGUCAGAAUAAAUGGAAGUAUUUUAUCGCC